AUGGUGAAACGUAAACCACAGGCCAUGAUCGAUUCGGAGAGCAGCAGUGAUUCAGAAUCGGGUUCCGAUCUCGAUUCGGAGCUGCUCUCUUUGGCCAAGAAGAAGAAAACAACCCGUCUAGCGUCGACAUCGCCGAACCAUGCCAAUCACAAUCGUUCCGGGUCAGGUUCAGAUUCCGGUUCAGGAUCCGAUUCCGAUGACGAUGAUGACGACGAUGACGAUGAUGAGGAGGACGAGGAGGAACAAGCGUCCGGGUCGGAAGCGAUGGCAAAACGCAAACGCAAAGGUGGCAAACCAACUUCCUCCUCCGAAUCGGAAAGUGAACGAGACGGUGAAGAUCGCAAACGAGGCAACAACGCACCACAACCUACAGCUGUCAACAACCCAGUGACGCCUGGUGGAGGACUAAAACGCAAACAACCUAUCGACGAGGGCGAUGGUUCCGAACCGGAGGAAGGGCAGGUGUCAUCCGACUCAGAGAAAACCCGCAAAGGUACGACGGGAAAACCUGCAUCCAGCGAGGAUGAUUCUAGCGACGGCAACAGCAGUGAUGACAGUAGCAGCAGCAGUAGCAGUAGCAGCGAUUCAGAAUUCAACGAUGGAUACGAUGAAAAUUUGAUGGGCGAUGAUGAGGAUCGGGCGCGCCUGAACGGACUGUCCGAGAAGGAGCGUGAAACGGAAAUUUUCAAACGUAUCGAACGGCGUGACGUUAUGAAAACGCGCUGGGAGAUCGAGCGGAAGCUGAAGCUGGCGAAACGAGCGGAACGAGCCCGAGACAAGCAAGCCCAACCAGAACGGAAGAAGAAAAAGAAGGAAAAGAAAAAGGCACAGAAAAAAGCGGCCGCCGCGGCUGCCGCUGCGAAUGCCGAACGCGAGCGUAAGAAGGCGGCAGCGGCGGCCGUAACAGCGGCACAAACUGCGGCUGCAAAUGCAGCGGCGGCGGCAGUGGCCGCAGCAUCAGUGAAAGCAAUGGGACCUGCAGCCAUGGGAGUUUCGAGUGCAUCGGAAUACUUCGACCCGAAGGAACGCUCGAAGGAGCGUAAGAAAACGGUCGAAAUGAAUCGUACGGACGACAAACGUAGCAAUGCGAUGGCAAUGCUCAAGGCAAAGCGUGAGGGAAAGGCGAAACGUGAAGAGGAGGAGGCGAAACGGGAAGCCCAACGGAAACAGGACGCUAGUCAGCAGGAAGACAAAGAAGAGCUUUCGGACGUGCCUGGCGGCAAAUCGCAGAUGAAGUUGAAAGCAUCCGACAUAUACUCGGACGAUUCUGGCAGCUCGGAUGAUGAAGACGACGAAGCUGGUGGUGCAAACGAGCGGGACAAAAAAGCGAGGGGUGAUCGGAGUCGUUCGUCUAGCGAUUCCGAGGGCGAAGAAAAGGAGAAAAAAUCCGGAUCUGGAUCGGGGUCUGGCUCGGGGUCGGGAUCCGGGUCCGGAUCUGGGUCGAGCAGCCGCAAACCGGUCGCGAUUAGUUCAAAUGCCGAGCUGAACAAACUGCGAAUCUCGCGCCACAAGCUGGAACGCUUUAUCAACUUGCCCAUCUUCGAGCCGACCGUGUUGAAUUGCUUCGUGCGUAUCAACAUCGGCAACAACCAGGGCAAACCGGUGUACCGUGUGGCGGAGAUUGUUGGUGUGGUAGAGACGGCCAAAAUAUACCAAUUUGGACGCAGCAGAACGAACAAAGGCUUUAAGCUAAAGCAUGGUAGCCAGGAGCGCGUCUUUCGACUGGAGUUUGUGUCGAACCAGGACUUUUCCGACACGGAGUACCAGAAGUGGCUCACAAUAUGUCAAACAUCCGGCACACCGUUGCCGACGGUUGACAUGAUCGAGCGGAAACAGCGUGACAUUAAGGAAGCGUCACAGUACGAGUUUAAGGACGCAGACAUUGACCGGCUAGUGGAGGAGAAGAAUCGGUUCCGAGCCCAUCCGACGAAUUACGCUAUGAAGAAAACGAUCUUGAUGAAGGAGCGUGAUGCCGCCCAACUUCGUGGUGAGGACGAUCUGGCGCGGGAUCUUAAUUCCCAGAUCCAGGAAAUUGAAGAGCGAGCAAGCACGCUGGACAAGAAGCGCAGCAGCAGCAUUAGUUUGAUCUCGUAUAUUAACGAUCGCAACCGAAAGCGUAACGUGGAGGACGCCGAGAAAGCAAUCAUGGAGGAGAAACGAGCAACGCGUGGUCUCAAAAUAGAAGAUCCGUUCACACGUCGUCAAACGCAACCACGCAUGUCCUUCAAGAAGGACGACAAGCGGGACGACGCACCUAUGUUGUUGAUGCAAGCUCCCCCACCACCAGGCCAGGCCGGUAAGAAAAAGAUGGAGGAAAAAAAGUCCAAUCAAGGUGGGGGCGGCCAGGCGGACAACAAUCUGUACUCUCUGCAUGAUUUCGACAUCGAUCUGGAAGUUCCACUACCAAGUGCCGUGAACGUCCUCCCGAAACCGGUCGAAAAGCCCGUAAGAGAAUCUGGCCCGAAACGAUCGCUCAACCUGGAAGAUUACAAAAAGAAGCGUGGAUUAAUCUAG